AUGGCUUCUUCUGGGUUCAAGGGCUUCGAGAAGCUGCUCGAGCUCGUGUUCUCACUGCCGAGCUGUGGCGGCGCGCGGGCGCAGCACGGGCUCCGGCUGCUGCCGGUGGGCGCGCUCCGGGAGGCGUUGGAGGCCGUGCAGUGCGCCGUGGUCUCGGCGGCGGGGAACACGGCGUUCGACGCGUACGUGCUGUCGGAGUCGAGCCUGUUCGUGUACCCAUCCCGGGCCGUCCUCAAGACGUGCGGCACCACGCGGCUGCUGCGCGCGGUGCCGGUCCUGCUCCGCGCCGCCGGCGACGAGCUCGGGCUCGCGCUCCGGUCGUGCCGGUACUCGCGCGGCUCGUACCUCUUCCCCGAGGCGCAGCCAUUCCCGCACGACGACUUCGCCGACGAGGUGCGCUACCUCGACGGCGCCGUCCCGAGCGGCCUCCGCUUCCGCCGCGCCAGCGUGAUGCCGGCGUCGCAUAGGCAUAGCGGUCAGAACAGGUGGCACGAGUACGCCGCGUCCGCGUCCGACGACGACGUCACCGGCAAGGACGACGAGCACGCUGACGGCACGCCGCAUUUCACCGUGGAUGUGUGCAUGACCAAUCAGGACCGCGCGCUGGCCAGGCAGUUCUUCCUGACCCCCGGCGACGGCCGGACCAGCCACGCUACCGGCGAGGCGAUGACGGCGGCGUCGGGGCUCGGCGACGUGAACCAGCGCUCGCUCGCCUUCGGGUACGCGUUCGCGCCCUGCGGUUACUCGAUGAACGCGCUGGACGGCGCGCGCUACGCCACCGUGCACGUCACCCCCGAGGACGGGCACAGCUACGCCAGCUACGAGCGCGGCGGCGACUGCGCCGGCGCGCUCGCGUCCAUCGGCAAGGCCGUCGCCGUGUUCUGGCCGGCCACGGUCUCUGUCUCAGUCUGCUACUACGGCACCACGGCCACCACCAACACCGAGGGCACUCCUCAAGCCAUUGCCUCCGCCUGGGUAUGGUCGGCGGUCGCCGACGCCGUAGAGCCCCUGGGCCUCGCCUGCCGGAGCCGGGCGGCCGAGACCUUCCCGGGCGCCAUGACCGUGACGUACCAGACGUUCACGCGUACUCCGGCGGCUUCGCUCGACAUGAUCGAUCGCAGCUAG